AUGUCUUCCGACGACUACGUUCAGAAGUUCGAAACCCUUCAGAUCCAUGCCGGUCAAUCUCCCGACCCGGCAACCCAUGCCCGUGCCGUGCCUAUCUACCAGACCACCUCGUUCACCUUCGAUGACUCGGCUCAUGGCGCGAGGCUGUUUGGCCUGAAAGAGUUUGGCAACAUCUACAGUCGGAUCAUGAACCCAACGGUUGAUGUGUUUGAGAAGAGAAUUGCAGCUCUCGAGGGAGGUGCCGCAGCGGUGGCCACGUCCUCAGGUCAAGCGGCACAAUUCAUGGCCAUUGCCGCUCUUGCACACGCCGGGGACAACAUUGUCUCCACCUCCAACCUGUACGGAGGCACCUACAACCAGUUCAAGGUCAUGUUCCCGCGCUUGGGCAUUGAGACCAAGUUCCUGACCUCGGAAGCCCCCGAAGAUUUCGAAAAGGCCAUCGAUGACAAGACCAAAGCGGUCUAUGUCGAGACCAUCGGCAACCCUCGUUACAACGUUCCGGACUUCGAGGCCAUUGCCAAAGUCUGCCACGCCAAAGGUGUCCCUCUGGUGGUGGACAACACUUUUGGAGCUGGUGGCUAUUUCUGCCAACCGAUCAAACACGGUGCCGACAUUGUGGUGCACAGCGCGACCAAGUGGAUUGGUGGUCACGGUACCUCGAUCGGCGGUGCCAUUGUCGACUCGGGCAAGUUUGACUGGGUCGCGAACGCUAAGAGAUUUCCCCAGUUCAAUGAGCCUGCUCCGGGUUACCAUGGUCUGAAGUUUGCGGAAACUUUCGGUGCUCUGGCCUUCAUCAUCCGGGUGCGCGUGGAGAUUCUGCGUGAUCUGGGUGCUUGCCUGGCUCCGUUCAACUCUCAACAAUUCAUUCUGGGUCUCGAAACCCUGAGCUUGCGAUGUGAACGCCACGCCUCCAACGCGCUGCAGCUUGCCAAAUGGCUCGAGAAACACCCGAACGUCGCCUGGGUGUCGUACCCGGGAUUGGAGAGCCACCCGUACCAUCAGAUUGCGAAGAAAUAUCUCCCCCGCGGCUUUGGCGGUGUCUUGUCGUUCGGUGUCAAGGGAGGAGCAGAAGCAGGCCAGCAAGUGGUGGAUAAUUUCAAGUUGAUCUCGAACCUGGCCAAUGUUGGAGACGCGAAGACUCUUGCAAUUCACCCAUGGACGACUACUCACGAACAGCUCACCGAACAAGAACGGUACGACUCUGGGGUAACUCCCGAUGGCGUCCGCAUUAGCGUGGGAAUUGAACAUAUCGACGACAUUAUUCACGAUUUCGAACAAAGUUUCGCGGCCAGCAGUGCUGCUCGACCGGAUGCGGAGGCCAACAAGGACAAUGCCACGACUGGGGCGAAGCCGACUGUUGAUGCCAAACUCAGUGGGGCCACCUAA